AUGGUGUUCGUCAGGACAACUAACUGGGAUCAGAAAGAGGGAAAGCAGAGACACCAAAACCUGUUAUUAAUCCACCAGGAGGAUAAUAAUACUUGUUCUUUGCAUCGUCUAAGACUUCCGUUCGAUGACAGUGAUUCCUUCUUUCCUUGUAAAGGAUCAUGUAACGGAAUUUUCUGGUUUGACAGGCGACCGGGUUCGGUUUUGAUCCGUCUACUAAUGAUCAUCAGGAUUCUAAAGGAGCAGAAUUCUGAUCAGAGUACACAUUUGUCUGCGGAGAUUUACAAACUCAGUAAGUUUAGCUGGACUAUGAUUGAGGAGGACAGCGGCUUUGACCUGAAUUUAGUUUCUGAGUUCUUGAAUUUCGCGGUGGAGGUACAGGAGUGGAUUUUCAUGGUUCCCUUCACUGGCGGAUUCUCACCCGCAACGCUCCUCCUGACCAGGUUCAACAAAGGCUUCGGAGACUACCCUCCUGAUGGUGGUGGUGAAUUAAACAAUCGUUUUUGGAGGAUUUGGAUACUCAGGGUCUUGGGUGAUUCCCUUGCAAUUGUCUCCAAAAACGAGUCAGGGAUCACGGGCGAAACGUUCGAUGUGUUGGUGAUGGAGGAAUAUGGCAAGCCGGAGUCAUGGACAAAGAAAUGUUCAGUUGGUCCAUUUUCACCACCGGGUUUUCCACAACCCCAUUGGCGCCAGUUGACUUGUUGGAAUGGUAACCAGCUUCUGGCACUAAGUAAUGGUGAUGGAGACUUGGUCUCUUGUAAGCUUCCCCUGAGGGAUGGUUCUUCUGAAGAGGAGGAAGAACAACAAAUUACAAAAUUCGACAUCGAUUGUAAACAUGUCCUACGUACUCUGUAUGCUAACUGA